CCUGAUUGAUCCUGAUGCUUCCUCUGGCAACUGAUGCAUAGUUUCGGAAGUUAUUAUUGAAGACUCCAAAAAUGAAUCCAUCAGAGGAAAAUGAAGCCCCGAGUUCUCCCAUCGCAACCGACCUGGAAAUCCCACCGGAAGCAGCUUUGGCUGCAUCAUCAAGCCGCAGAUCGUCUGAUGUAGAAUCUCUUGUAUCUGAACAAAUCGCAGAAAAUGGUGCAACUAACUUCCGUUUUCCCUCUGACGAAAAGCCGCGAAAAAGUGACAAGCUGUUCGUCACUUUCUGCGCUUUCGGUGCGAUGAUGAGCAAAGCGAUUUGUUUGCGAAUGCUUGGGCCGACGAUCAUUGAUUUGGCAGAACUCAUGGGAGUGAGGGAGUCCCAAAUAACGCAAGUCUUUUUCGCCAGAGCAUUUGGAUACUUCAUGGGC